AUGGAGAGAUAUUCAAAAGAUGAACUUUUAUUCGUUGAAGAAGUACCUGAACAGAUGGAGAUAGAGUGUCCAGUUUGUUUCAAUAUCUUGACAGAUCCUCAUCAGGUGAGCUGCUGUGGAAAUAAUGUGUGCGAGUCUUGUAUUGAGGGAAUAAAGGAAAGCAAUGGAUCCUGUCCCAGGUGUAUGGAGCAGGAAUAUGACUCCUCCAUAAAUAAGAAUGUAUCUCGUAUCAUUAAUGGAUUACAAGUCUAUUGUACUAAUAUGGGGGAAGGAUGUCAAUGGAAAGGAGAAUUGAAAGAGCUAUCUACUCACCUUAAUAAAGGGAAGAGAGAAGGAGAGUGUCAAUACGAAGAGGUCAAAUGUCGAUACGACGAGUGUCAAGCAAGAGGUCAGCGUCAGCUUCUCAAUGUUCAUGAGAAAGAAUGCUUCCAGCAACCUCAAAAUUAUGACCAUUUUGCAUCAGUACAUUUGCACACCUUUAUUACUGAGGCAUAUCUAGAAAGCUGUCUAAAGAAUAUGUCUCCUAACACAAAGAAGGGAGAAAAUACUCGGAUGCCUUUUUAUCUUGAUGUCAUUAACUGCGAUCC